CACAGUGCUCCAGUCGCUCUAACCGGGUUUCGGUCUUUAGGGCUGAGCAGGAAGUGCCUGGCUGUGGACCCUGGACGAGAAAAAAAGAGCCAAGAAAAAAGGCAGAAGAAAUUAAAAAUGGAAAUGGUGGCAGACUUGGGGGCGAGUAGACUCUAUCGGGCGCCGGGUGAAUCAAGUCACCAGCAGCCUCAGAGGUGGUUCAACACCGCUGACAUCACAGUGGCUCACCAAAGUAGCCUGCUUAAGCAGCUCAACCAGCAGCGCCGCCAGGAGCUUUUCUGUGACUGCAGUGUGCUGGUGGAGGGCCAGCUCUUCAGAGCCCACCGCAACGUCCUGUUCGCCAGCAGCGGCUACUUCCGCAUGCUGCUGUCCCAGGGCCCCGGCGUGCUGUCUGACUCCGUCAACGCCACCUUUGACGUCUUCAGCCCCGAGACCUUCACCGUCAUCCUGGAUUUCAUCUACUCAGGCCAGUUGGACCUCUCCAGUCACAAUGUGAUUGAGGUGAUGUCCGCAGCCAGCUACUUGCAGAUGAACAAUGUCAUCAACUACUGCAAGAACUUCAUCAAGUCGUCCUUGGACAUCAGUGUGAAGGAUGAAGACAGCGAGCGCUGCCUCAGCUUGUCUGAGACCUGCAGUUUCACCAGUGGAGCGGGAGAAGAGACCACAGAGCAGCAGCAGCAAUGCCCCAGCUCUGUCAGCCCACCACCAGCCCUCUGGACCCGGGACAACUCCAGAUCCCAGUCUAGCUUUAUGGGGAAGGACCCAGAGCAGGAGUCAUCAGCCUCUGUCAUAAAGACUAACCCAAGCAGCCCUGCUGAUGAUCUCAACACAGAGGUAGAGGACCUGCACGACCCUCAGGACCCUCUGUACACCUUGCCUGGAUCGGAGCGCCGGCGAAGCAGAGGGGCAACUAAGAGGAGAGCAUCCAGCAACACACGCUCCCACCACCCUGAAGAUUUAGACAUUCAGGAGGCGAGGACACAAAAGGCUGAAAAGGCAGAGGAGCUGUAUGCCACUCUUCCACCUAUUGUGGGUGUUAUUGGACACUUUAAUAAAGACUCCAACCCCAUUAUGCGCUUCAAAUGUCCCUUUUGCACACAUACGGUGAAGAGGAAGGCAGACUUGAAGCGUCACUUGCGCUGCCACACUGGAGAGAGGCCAUACCCCUGUCAGGCCUGCAAUAAACGCUUUACUCGCUUGGAGCAUCUUCGUAGCCAUUUUGAGACGAUCCAUCAAGCCAGGAAGCUGGUGUGCAGGAAGUGUAAGUGUCAGGUGACUGAGGAGACCGGGCAUGUGGUGUGUGAGGGCACACGACGCUACCGCAUGUGCACUGCAUGCAUCCAGGAAGUGGAUUGUGAUGACAUCCCCAUGGACAGUAUGGAUGCCGCCAAUGAGGAACCGGCUCUGUUGCUGGGGGUGGACGGGGAGGAGGAGGGGGACAGCAAGAGGAGCUGGAUGGUAACCGAUGACGACGACCUGGCUGAAGACUCGGGGGCCGACCUCAUCAUCCAACAGGUGGACGACAGUGACGAGGAGCUGCAGUGAAAUGGAACCAAAGUGUGUGUGUGUGAAGAAGCAUAAUACGAGUAUUGACUGUGUUUGAGUGUGUGUGUGUGUGUGUGUGUGAUAAAGCCACGCCAGAGAAUUUAUGCAUAAAAUAUGCGACUCACUAAUGUAAAUACACAGUUAUUAUAUAUUAGUUGUCUAUUAGUUAAAUGCAACUCUUUAAUUACUUUAAAUGAGAUGUUGACCUUUGUGACACGAUGGAAUGCUUUUUGUUAAGCUUCAUAAAUAUAUGCAGUAUCCAAAGCAUGCAUAUUCAGUGUUUCCUUUGCUUCAGUUAUCUUUAAAUAAUUACUCUUGCAAAUAUGGUUUUUUAUAUGCAUGGAAGUACACCUUUGCUACUCUUUGGGACUCUCUGCUUUGAUAAAAGCUGGCAUUUGUGCAAAGUGAAGUGACAAGGAAAGAAUUGUGAUUCUACUGCUAUUUCCCUGUGUUCUGUAGGGGAAGUCAAGAGCAGACUUUUUGUUCCCCACAAUGUCACACAGUUGCAGUUUUUUAAUGAUUAUGUUUGAUUAUGAUGUGCACUAUGAUACUAUAAAAAACAAUUAUAAUUUAUUUGUUGUGUUUUUUACUUUUUGACACAUUAAAGAUAUUUUUAUACA